UUUUACAAUACAUGGAUGACCUAUUAAUAGCAACUGAAACAAAACCUGAGUGUAUCCAAUGGACUGUGAGCUUGUUAAACUUUCUUGGACUAAAUGGAUAUCGAGUCUCUCAACAGAAAAUUCAAAUGAUACAACAGCAAGUGACCUACCUGGGAUAUGAAUUAUCUGGAGGACAACGGGAGUUGGGAACUGGACGAAAGGAAGCCAUCUGUAAAACCCCACUUCCUCAGACGGUAAAAGAACUCAGAACCUUCUUGGGAAUGACAGCCUCUUUCCUUAGUGGAGCAACAACUGAACCACUGACGCAUGACUGUUUGGAAACAAUAGAGACUGUGUACUCCAGCAGACCAGACCUGAAAGAAGAACCCCUGGAGGACGCACAGGAUUCCUGGUUUACGGAUGGAAGUAGCUUUGUCCGACAAGGUAUCCGUAAAGCUGGAUAUGCGGUGACCACAACAAAUAAGGUAAUUGAAUCCCAACCACUGCCUACUGGGACGUCAGCUCAAAAGGCUGAGAUUAUUGCUUUGACUAGAGCUUUGGAAUUGGCAAAAGGGAAAAGGAUAAAUAUAUGGACAGACUCUAAAUAUGCUUUUGGGGUUGUUCAUGCCCAUGGAGCAGUCUGGAAGGAACGAGGAUUGCUUACUGCGCAAGGAAAACAAAUCAAACAUGCAGAAGAAAUACUUCGUCUACUGGAGGCAGUACGGUUACCAGCUAGCGUCGCCAUCAUGCAUUGUCGAGGACAUCUGAGGGGUAACACUGACCAAGAAAGAGGUAAUCCACUGGAAGAGAAGUGGAAUGGACCAUUCCAAGUGCUACUGACCACUUUCACUGCAAUCAAAGUGAAGGAACUGUCGUCCUGGAUUCACUACUCUCGAGUGAAAAAAGCUCCAGACAAGCAAUGGACUUCUGAAACCUUUAGGACCCUUAAAACUAAGAUUACAAAAGACGGCUUCGAGUCUUAAGGAAGAUCCUGACUUGAGCAGAGAUGGACCUCCGAAUGUACUGGAUCAGCGAAACUGCGAUUCUGGAAAUCAUUAUUAUGAUCUUCUACAUCACAGCUGGAUGGACAGAGAACUGCACCACCCAUCAAGAUCUAGAUGAUGUCCCUGACCCUGAAGACUGGACCAGGAAUGGAUAUUUGGGCAAUGCAGGUUUGAAUAUCACAUAUAAGAAGACUAAGGUAUACACAGUUUUAAAAAUUGAUGGUCAGAUUAGAAGAGAUUGGGGAAAUUCACGACAAAUACUGUCUUUUGAAAUAAGAGAGAACAGCUUGGUUGUAUAGCAUGUAAAUUUGAUAUGGGUAAUUUCAUGCUAUACAAUGAUGUACCUAAACUACAGAUUGGAAUGGACAUUAAUGUCCUUAAGAAAAUGCUUUCCCACCCAGACAUUAAAAUGUUGCUAAAGAAGAUGAAGGAAGCUUCGAAACAAACAUUAUGGCAAGUCCAGCACAAUACUCUGGAAAUAAAGAAAAUCAUCACAGCCAUCGAGAAAACUGGUGAACACCAUUGGUGGGACAUUUUUUUAAAUACCUCACUAAAAUCUCCAACUGCUGCUCAGUUUUUCAACUUCUUAUUGCAUCCUGUACUAGUGUUGAUUUUUGUAGCCCUACUGCUAACACUUCUCAACAUUUGGUUAUGGUGGAAAGUACGGACUGUUGCUCAACAAGUACAUGUAUUAUGGGCUGUAAACAAAAGUAUGCAAAAGAAUUUGCAAUAGCUUAAAGAAAAGGGGGGAUUGAAUUAAAGAAUAAGGCCAGGAAUGGCUUGAAGGUUUGCUUAUCUAAGGCCAGGAAUGGCUUGAAGGUUUGCUUAUCUAAGUAUGACUUAGCAAAUGACUGAACACAAAGAGGGGCCUGCAACCCCUGCAGAGCUACAAUAAGUAACGAGACAGGAAGGCUGGCACGUAGGCAACAAACAAUCACGAGGCCAGCACAAUGUUAUCUUAUCUCUGACAAAUGGAGAAUUCCAAGAAGGAGGUAGCGUAUGGUAAUGAAUUACUGGAAACUAAUGAAUAUGUUAAAACACCUUACAUGAAUAUGUAUGUAUGUAUGCAUAUAUGUUGUCAAACCGACUCCGUCUGGCGCGCACAUUUGGAGGAGCGAUCCCCUGUGCGUCCAGCGCUGCAAUAAAGAAUACCUGCUUAAUAGUCAUCCCGGGGCAUCACACUCUUGUAUGAUGCUCUGAGUUUAUGAAAUUCAAUCACAGUUUUCAGGCAGAUCUUUCUGUACUUUUUUCCUACAGUAAGAACACUUGCAACAGCAAAAGAAGCCCUUAAUACCGAAGGUAGGUGUGAUUAGAGCAGUAACGAGAGCAAUAGUUUUUGUAACAGAAAAAAAAGAGUCAGAGUCAGAUGCAGCAGAAACAAACCCAACAUGGAUGUUUUGUUUCUUUGAAUGAGAAAUAUUUUGUGGGACUUUUACAUUCAAAUUUUCAAUAUCCUGGUAGCUCUUCAUCAUCAAUAUUUCAAAAUUGGCUGGUCAGCUACCUCUACUAAAAGAAGUCUCAUAUCACACUUAGCGGAUGUUGGAUUUCUCUUCACUUACACUAUUAGAAUCUGUCAGAAGAUGUUCUGUCUGGGUAGAGUUGAAUAAACAGGUAAAUAAACAUUGUUUAGGCAAAUAAUUCUGAACACAUAUUUUCCUUUUAAAAGGGUAUCCUUGGGUUUUUUCUAUUUUUAGUGCUUUUGAAAUAAAGACGGUUUUUAUAUCAGAAACUUUCUGUAUCAACAUCCACCAAGCAAAGAUAAGUAUAUCUCUAAUCAUGAAUACUAAUAUUCACAUGACUGGUAAAGAAAAUUUGUAGAUUCUCUAGGGCAUUCCCGAAUUUCACAACCCCAAGCCGUGUAUUUGGCAUCACGCCAUACUUGAUCAUCCUGCUGAUGUACAGUAUGAUUUCGAUCCAGUUUUGAUUGGCUUUCUUUCUUUUGUUUGUUUUUUUUGGUUUUUUGGUUUGGUUUGGUUUUUUUUAAUCUUUCUAAUCUGCAGUUUCUGAAGUCUCAUUGAUGUACUUCUGUGUGUAUGGUAGCCUGAACUUACCCAUCCAGAACAGACAAUAUGGACUGACACAAUAGGUCACUGUUAUCCUCCUAGACUGAAAGUCACAGCUUUGAAACUCAUGUUUCUUGGAUGGCAGUAUGAUAAUAAAGGAGGAAAAAUACUAUAUAUCUUACUCCCUCUCCUACAGUUUGUGAUCAUUCGUGAACAAAAAGACAGUACCUAUUUGUGUUACUUCUUUUAUGCUUUGCUGUUGACCACCUCUGUGCAUUCUGAUGUUCUUGAAGAGAUUAAUUCUCAGAGAUCUCAUAAAGCUUGUAAAGGAGCAACAUCACUUUUCCUAACUUUUUCGAAACAGAUGCUUUUGCAAUAAAAGUCUUGAUAGCU